CGGUGUGGCCUCUUCCAUGGGCAACAGCUUCAGUCACACAAGCAUCCCGGAAGAGGCAUACCUUCUCAAUGCUGUGGUUACCAAAAGCCUCCAAACGGAUGCGUACACUUUUGCCAAGAUCGUCAAUGAGCUGACCUCGCUGGCAUCGGUCAGCCCCCUGCCGUACAUGGUACAGGCCGACGUGAUCUGCGCUCCGGACCAAAGAGGGAAGCCGGUCAAGUCGAGCUCAUCGUACUCGUCAUCGGACGAAGAUUCAUCAUCGGAGCUUCAUGCCGAGGACAAGGCGGAAGCGACCGCGGCGCUGGUCGAGUAUGGCGAAGCGGUGACGGCGGCGAUGUGGAACCAGGCGCUGCGGGCGCUCGGCAUCUCGCCGUCCGAGUUUGCGGGGGUGAGCGUCGACGACGCUGCUACGCUGGCCGGGCCGUCGGCAUACAACGACUCUAACGAGUCGUCGAACUCGUCGUCGUCAACUUGCUCGUCGUCAUCGGAUGUAGAGUCGGCGCAAGUGUCGCCCAAGGCCUUGCUGCUGGCGCAGCUGCCAGCGCUCAAGAUGUUCGAUCUAGUGGCAGAGAACGACGGGCUCUCGCUGCGCGAGAUGCAGGUCCUUGCGGUGCUGAUUGUACCUGCGCCCAACGGCGAGGCGGUGGUGACCAGGCUCUCACAGGUGUUUGGGGUGUGGUGGACGAGCGCCGACGGGGUGGAGACAUUCUAUGGCGCGGCGGUGCGCGGACUUCAGCGGAUGCACCACCUCGGCUUUGCCGCCUUCUCUAAGGACCUCAUCCGCAAGUCGCUGAAGGACCAGGCCAAAGCCAAGGCUAAGGCCAAGGCCAUGGCCAAGAUCCAGGCCAAGGCCGACGGCAUGCGUGCGUCUCUGGAGGAGGCGCGGUCUGCGGCCAAGGCUCGCCUCGAGGCCGAGAUAGAAACCCGCAAGGCGCAGCUGGCCGAGGCCAAGAACGCAGCCAUGGCCAAGGCGGCCGAGAAGAAGGCCGAGCUUGACGCCAAGCUUGAAGCCACGCUUCCACCUGAGCUUUUGGCUGAGAAGCAGCGGUUGGAGACUGAGUACGAGGCGCAGAUUCGUGAGCAGGCUGCCGCGGCCCAGGCCAAGGUCAAGGCGCUGGCGGUCGAGGCCAAGACGGCUGCAGCUGAUAAGAUUGAGGAUGUCAAGGGCUCGGCCGCGGCCAAGCUGGAGCGCGACCCCAAGAUUGCUGCGCUCCUUCGUGAGCGGGCGCUGGUGCGCAAGCUCUACCGCCGCAACAGCUUUGCUGUCCGUGACUGGACCGUACUGGAGCCGGCUCUUGCCGCCCACGCCGAGCUUGCUAGCGACGACGAGGCGCGCAACAUUGCCGCCGUCGUUGCCAACGUCCCGCCCGAGCUUAUUGCGUAUCAGGCCAUGUACGCAGCUGCGCUCCUCGAGUCCAGUCGAGUUAAGGACGGCCUGGAGAUCUUUGGUCAAGGCCUUGUUGCCGGGCUGGGUAUUUACGCCGCCGCCGGUGCGCUGUCCCAGCCGGAGGGUGCGUUUGACAUUGACUUUGAUUUUGUCGGCGUUCCAGACCUCGGAUCUCUGGGUGGUGGACUAGGAGGACUAGGUGCGGCUGGGGUUGGAGCCCUUGGUGGCGUUGGUGACGUUGGGGCUGGUGCAGUGGGUGGCAUCGGCGAGGUUGGAGCCGCCGGCGUUGGUGGCGUUGGUGACGUUGGGGCUGGUGCAGUGGGUGGCAUCGGCGAGGUUGGAGCCGCCGGCGUUGGUGGCGUUGGUGACGUUGGGGCUGGUGCAGUGGGUGACAUCGGCGGUGUUGGCGUCGCCGCAGUUGGUGGUGUCGGUGACAUCGACACCCCCAACGUCGGCACGCCUAACAUUGACGCUCCGAACGUCGACAUUGAUCCGGCCGGGGUCGCUGGAAUGGGUGGUGUCGGUGACAUCGACGCUCCCAACGUCGACAUUGAUCCGGCUGGGGUCGCUGGAGUGGGUGGUGUCGGUGACAUCGCCGCCCCCAACGUCGGCACGCCCGACAUCGACGCUCCCAACGUCGAUGUCGAUCCUGCAGCUGCUGGCGCGGUCGCUGUCGGCGCAAUGCAGAUCUCGGCGCCAGACGUCGAGGCUGCACCACCCAAUGCUGACGUUGAUGUCGAGGCUGCGGGUGAUGCGGUGACGGCGGCCGGAGCCGCGGGACUCAAGGCCGGAGCUGAUGGACUCGAAGCGCUGGUCAACGCUCCUGUGACCCCGUUCCGGUGGGGCAACAUCCUUAACUACGUUGGGUUCUUCUUUCUAAUCGUGGAGCUUGUUCAGCUUAUCGCGCUUCCGCUCAAGGAUUACGAGGCCGGGACAGACCUCGGCGCGUUUCCGCAGGUGGUCUACCUCGAAUUUGCGCGGACAUCAAUCUCGUCGCCAAUCAACCUGACAACGUUUGGUACGGUUCUCGGCUUUUCGCUCGUUGGCCUCCUCCUGCUCGUCUUCUCGUUCCAGUUCCUUCGUGAGCUGUGGCAGUUUGAGUUUCUCAAGCGGCUUAGCGCCGAAGAGCGCGCCGCGCGUGAGUUGCCUGAACCGGCCGACUACUUCUUCUACUCGGUGGCUGGCUCGGUCAUUUAUGGGCAUGGCAAGCCGCGACACGCCGCGUCGACGGUCAAGGCGCUCAUAUCGGUCCUCUCCGAUGCCGGCUUCCUGCUCGUUGCCAACAAGCUUCUCUCCCUUCUUGCGUGCAGGUAUACAUCGAGCGGCGCCUUUCUUCUCAUCGACCCGUCGAUCCGGUGCUGGGAGGGCUCACACUCGGCGCUUGCCGCCUUUGCCCUGAUCGCUCUGCUGUACUACGUCCCGCUCUGCGUCAUGAUUGCUCCGACCCUGGUGGCCGACGACUCGUCCAAGGAUACCAACUUUGCCAAGCUCUAUCUCAUGAUUACCAACAUCAUCAAGUCGCUCAUGCUUGUCUUUGCUACCUUUGCCUUUACUUCGCCAGUCAUGCGGCAAGUCUCGGCGCUGUUUGGCUCGGCUGCCCUGGCCGCGCUUACUGCUGCCUGGACUUGGCGCUCACUCCGCGACGAGACAGAUCCGCACAACGAGCCCUCGCCGCAUGCCUUUCUCUCCAUCCAGAAGGCCGGCAUGUUCUACAUCGGCGCCCUCUCGGCGUUGGUCGUUCUCUGUGCCUCGGGCCAGCUCAAGGGCCUGGUGCUCUUCGCGGUCCUCCUCGGCGGAGCGCUCCUCUUUGUCGGCGCUGUCUUUGCCAUCCGCGCCAAGUUCUUCUCGCCCGAGUCGGCGGCAGCAGGCAAGGGGCCGGACAUGAUGAUCAACCACCUCGACGGUGUCUCUGUCCUCACCGACAUCUAUGACGAAGCCGGCCAGGUCGAGUUCUCCGCCAUGCACGACAACGCCCGCAGAAACGCGCAUGUUCUCAUCUUGGUCUGCUCGAUCACCUCGCGGGGCUCGCUAGAGUGUCUCCGCGAGAUAGCAGAGAGCAUUGCACGUGUCCGUGACGAUGCCAUCAGAAACCUGCCGCUUGUUGUCGCCUGCAACAAGAUGGACCUCGAGAGCGACCGGGUCUUUGCGGAUGCCGAAGCGGUGGCGCUGGCUACCGAGUUCAACGCCCCGCUCGUUUUCACGUCUGCCAAGACCCGCCUCGGCGUCGACGACCUGUUCUCUACCGCCAUCUCUGCCGCUGCCGAGAACACGCCGUACUGCCAAGGUUCGUUCGAGGUCAAGAUCGUGAUCUGCGGGGACGGCGGCGUCGGCAAGUCGGCACUCACUGUGCAGUACGUCUCCAACCAUUUUGUGGAUGAGUACGACCCGACCAUCGAAGACUCGUACCGCAAACAGGUUGUGUUCACACCGCGAUCGACAGCAGCACCUGGUGGUGCACGCAGGGCAGCGCCAGCCCGGGCGUCGUCGUCAGCGCUGCUGGAUGAUCGCUCGAUGGGUCCCAUACCCGCUAUGAAGCAGAGUGCCUUCUUUGACGAGGAGGACGAAGACGAGUUUGUGGCACUGAACGAUCUGCAGAUGGCUGACGACGGGAUGAUCGAGGCCGAGAUCUGCGCCGAGCCGGUUGCACUGAACGAUAUCUCAUCGCUUGCACCGAUGCCCGCUCGGGCGUCAAAGUCGGUGGCGGCGCGGGCGCCUUCGGGUGGCGGGCGAGGCGGCCACGCUAGUGGCAGAUCAAUGCCGCCGUCGUCGGCGCGCAAGAAGAAGAAGAGGGCUGCUCCGGCGGCAAAGCUGUCAAAACGGAAAGAGGCGCCCAAGAAGCGUGACCUGGCCAAGGAGCUCGAGCCUGAGAUCAUACCUAUUCCCAAGAUCGCGCCCGCGUCUAUGUCGGAGUCUGCUUCGUCGUCUGCAUCUGCCGAUGACGACGCAGUGUCGGCCGAGUCCGACUCUGAAGUCGGCGCGGCGCCGGUGGCAGACAUCAGCUCGGUCCCGGCAGCCUUUCCCGCCGGGGGACUGUUGGACGUGGCUGGCGGUGAGGUGGCCGAGACUGAAGGAGAGCGUAGACGGCGCGAGCGGGAGGAGCGCUUGGCGGACAAGCGGCGCAAGCGCGAGGCAAAGCGGGCUGCCAAGGAGGCCAAGAAGCAGCGCAAGGCCGAGGCGAAGCGCAAGCGAAAGGAAAAGAUCGACAACAUCUACGCCAACAUGGAGAACGCAUUCAAUGGGAUCGGCAAGGCGAUGCUGACGGUGAUGCCGUCGAAAUCCCCCGAACUACUGCGGGGCCGCAACGCAGUGGUCUAUGUCUACCUGCCGUGGGUGCUUUCUGUUGCCAUUUUUGCACCAGUCCUCCUCCCGCCGCUCAUGGUGGUGCUCCUCCUCCCGUCGCUGUUUAUGCUCCUUGUACUGCGGACCAAGUCGAUCGAGCGUGACACAAAGAAGUUUGUGGCGCGGGCCAAGGUACUCGCGCAGGAGACCAAGAAAAAGUCCGCGCUGCGGUGGAUGGCGCUGUUUAUCACGGCGCUGCCGCUGUUUGCGGUGGCGGUGAUCAUUCCGCUCGUUCUCUGCCUAGUGGUCUUCCCCAACGUUCCACGCAAUCACCAGCAAGGCGUCGUUCAGUCGUGUGUCGGCAUCAUGCUUGCGGCGGUGACCGCACUGCAGAUCUUGGGCACCAUCCGGGCAGCCAAGACGAACGAGGAGCUGAAAAAGCUGCGGCUCGCGCCAGCCACUGCUGAAUGA